ACAACUUUGGUGGCUUGAGAAUGAAAAUAACCCCACGACUGUGCCACGAAAAUGAUGUCUUCGUAAUGCACACUGGUGACAGUUGAGGGUAAAUAGGCUAAUGGGAGGAUAUUAAAAGGGAGAGCGAGAGAAACGUGAUCAUUCACUCCCGUUGUCCUGGAGUAGAGCGUGACAUUGGGAUGUUUCGUUUACAACCUUCUUGUGCGCGUGGCUUUGACUAUAUCGGGCCAUUAACGCAAUCCGGUGCCAAGUGCAAAUCCCCGGUGGCGCGUCUCGUGAGCACAGGGGCUUAUAUAGAAGCGCGUGGCGCCUCCUCCUUUCUCAUCCAUGGAGAGCGGUCGGCGUGUGCAGUUGUAAUCCAUCCAUAGUAAUUCACUUGCGUUGGGAAGGCGUACCAAUAAGGGCGUGAACGCACACAAAAGAGACUCGGAUAACAGAAAAGACACCAGACGGGACCAGUGCGGAAUAGAGGGUCAUCACUGCUCGGUUCCCAUUACUUCAACCACACCGGACUCCUUUUAACCAACGAAAUAAAGAUGAGCACCAUGAGACCGUCCGAACCGGGACCGUUAGAGGAGAUGAUGCGGAUGAUGGUGAUGCACGAAGCGCUUACGGGCAGCGAUGCUCGCCGUUAUGGUUCCCGGGUGGCUUGUGAAGAAUGAGAGUUUGGGUCAGUGCGCACAGAGAUGCCGGUGCCUUUGCUGAAGAUCGGUGUGGUGCUCAGCACCAUGGCCAUGAUCACCAACUGGAUGUCCCAGACUCUGCCAUCACUGGUAGGGCUCAACACCACCAAGCUGACCGCAGCGCAGGGCGGCUAUCCGGACCGGAGUAUAGGAGUUUUACCCGCUAACCCAGAGGAGUCAUGGCAGGUGUACAGCUCGGCUCAGGACAGCGAGGGCAGGUGUGUCUGUACGGUCGUUGCACCUCAGCAGACCAUGUGCUCGAGAGACGCCCGCACCAAACAACUCCGCCAACUACUGGAGAAGGUGCAAAACAUGACGCAAUCAAUCCAAGUAUUGGACCAGCGGACCCAGAGGGACCUGCAGUACGUGGUGAAGAUGGAAGAUCAACUCCGCGGCCUGGAGACCAAAUUCAGGCAGGUGGAAGAGAACCACAAACAAAACAUCGCCAAGCAAUACAAGGCCAUAAAGGCAAAAAUGGCGGAGCUGCGUCCGCUAAUUCCCGUGCUGGAGGAGUACAAGGCUGACGCCCGACUGGUUCAGCAGUUUAAGGAGGAGGUGCAGAACUUGACGGCCAGCCUCGGCCUCCUCCAGCAGGAAAUGGGAGCCUACGACUACGAUGACCUGCACUCCCGCGUGGUUAGUCUGGAGGAGCGGCUACGCGCAUGCAUGCAGAAGCUCGCUUGUGGUAAGCUGACCGGCAUUAGUGAUGCAAACACUAUUAAAACAUCCGGGUCUCGGUUCGGAUCCUGGAUGACGGACCCCCUCGCUCCUGAAGGAGACACUAGGGUGUGGUACAUGGACGGUUACCACAACAACCGCUUCGUGCGGGAGUACAAGUCUAUGGUCGACUUCAUGACGUCGGACAACUUCACGUCUCACCGGCUCCCGCACCCUUGGUCCGGGACGGGUCAGGUGGUCUACAACGGUUCCAUCUAUUUUAACAAGUUCCAGAGUAACAUGAUAAUCAAGUUUGACUUCAAGACCUCCACCAUCAGUAGGUCUCAGCGUCUGGACAACGCAGGCUACAGCAACACCUACCAUUACGCCUGGGGAGGACACUCCGACAUCGACCUCAUGGUGGACGAGGGCGGGCUAUGGGCCGUGUACGCCACCAAUCAGAACGCGGGGAACAUCGUCAUCAGCAAGCUCCACCCCCUGACCCUGCACAUCAUCCAGUCUUGGACAACCAAUCACCCGAGGCGCAGUGCCGGGGAGUCCUUUAUGAUUUGCGGGACGCUGUACGUGACCAAUGGCUACUCAGGAGGGACCAAAGUCUACUACGCCUACCACACCAACUCCUCAACGUACGAGUACAUCGAUAUCGUUCUGCAGAACAAGUACUCGCACAUCUCCAUGCUGGACUACAACCCGCGAGAUCGAGCUCUAUACGCCUGGAAUAACGGACAUCAGGUUCUGUACAACGUUACUCUUUUCCAUGUCAUCCGCUCGGAGCAGCUGUAACCGUGGAGGAUUUAGUUUGGAGAAUCUGAAAGGAACAGAAAACUGAACCCAAACAAUCAUUUUUGAAUGUUCUUCAACAGAUUGUUACAACACUGCAAAAAAAAAAAGGAAAAAAAAGA